AUGAUGGGACCCCAGGCGAGAACGGGAGUCCAGCAAAACCCCCAAGGCAGCUUCGCUCCUGCACAUCUGGAUAUCUUAGAUGAGGAAACCCAAAGACUGGACUCCAGUCUGGAAAUGGAGAGCGCCAGGAUAGAAGACAACCAAAACAUGGCCGACCUGGAGGCGGAGCUGGAAGAGAUGGAACUCCGGCUAAAACAGCAGGAAGCUCUUAGAGAAUCGCUUAUCAACGAGGUCAACGAGGCAAAGAGAGAACUAGAGAGAGUACAGAGAGAAGAGAAGUCCAGUGAUCCAGGAGUCCUUAACGCUGCAGUCACUGCUUCCAAGGUUCACAACGAUGUGAAAGACAUGAAGGAGAAGCCUUUGCAACAAGACUUUGAGGAUUUGAAGUCUUGUUGCAAGGGGAGGUUAGAAGAUGACCAAAACCCGGCCGAGCUGGAGGCCAAACUGGAAGAGAUGGAACUCAGACUAAAAAAGCAGGAAACUCUCAGAGAAACGCUUAUCAACGAGGCUGAAGAGGCACAGAGGGAACUAGAGAGACUAGAGAGAGAAGAGAUGUUCAGUGAUCCAGCAGAACUUUAUGCUGCAGACAUUGCUUCCAAAUUUUACAACAGUGUGAAAAACAUGAAGGAGAAAACCUUGCAGCAAGAGUUUGAGGAGUUAAAGGUGGCCCACCUCCUCAGCCGGGAAGCAUUUGUAGCUGGAAUACAGGCUGAGAGAAAGAAAACUGAGGCUGUCCAAGAAGAACUGGACCAACUCCAGACUUCCUACAAGGAGCUGCGCUGUAAGUAUGAAGCAGACAUUUCUCUGGUGAGGCAGGAGGCGAAACGUGAGAAAGACGCCAACAUAGAAAGAGAGAAAGAGAAUCUGAAACUCGUCAACAACCUGAGAGCUGAGAAGGAGGAGCUCUUCCAGAAAAUGGCAAGAGAAAUCAUAAUUCUGAGAAAGAGAGAGAAGCAAAUGCUAAAGAAAUUGGAUCAGGUUCAUGUUUCGCACAAGGAGCUAAAAGGUAGGUUUGAAACAGACAAUAUGGAUUUAAAGCAGCAGGUUGAAACCUACCAGAAGCAAAUAAAGCAGGAAAGAAAAGCACAUCUGGAGAAAUCAGAGAAGGACAAGGCGAGUCUGGACACAAUGAGAGCUGAGUUUGCCGUCCUCCAACAAAACGCGACAACAGAAUUUCAAAUCCUUCAAGACAAGGAAAGCAGUGCCCAGGCUGAGCUGGAGAAGGUCAACGGUUUGUACCAAGAGCUAAACUGUCGGUAUGAAAAUGAAGUCACUGCAUUUAAACAGCAAGCAGAGAAAUACCAGCAGGAGAUCAGAUGUGUGAAAAAUGAUUUGGAAAGAGCGAAAGAGGAUCUCCUGCUGCUCGACACUCUGAGACCUGAGGAAGAAGAUAUACAACAAAAACACAUCACAGAUUCCCAAGAGGAGGAGGAAGACUCACAGGACCAAGUGGAUCCGGUUAAAGUCUUAAGUCAAGAGGUUUCUUCAGAGGAGAAACUCUCAGGAGAAACUUUAUCAGGUUGUUCCAACGAUCCAGAAUCCACAGAAGAGACCGAGAUCACUGGAGAAACCGUCCUGGAGGAUUUGGACAAUCCGGAUACUAAAAUCAUGCAGGAUGGUUCGAAAGGAAAAUACCUAUCAUUAUUUGGUGCCGAAACCCGGGAUCUCUCACCUCCCCCGCUGUCAGGCAGAGGAAGACGCGCUGAAUCCGUGCACGGCCAGAGUCAAUUGGACCUGGAAAGGAAAACCCAGGAAGCAAAUUCUUCGCUGGGCCAGCGACGUAUCCGACUUUGUCUGCUAACGGCGGAGUGACGAGAUCCGACUGGACAACCCGAAAACUACAGAAACGUAGGUGAAUUUUAAGUCAUAUAGGUUUGAGUCCUUGUCAAAUAUUAAUUUGACUAAAGAAAUACAGGUUUGAGUCCUUGUCAAAUAUUAGUUUGACUAAAGAAAUAUAGGUUUGAGUCCUUGUCAAAUAUUAACAUUUCAAUUUGACUAAAGAAUAAUGAAGGGUUAGAGUCCCAGUUGACAGAGAGUUUCAACUAAAGGCAAAAGGAUAGGCUCUUAGAGCUUCCUUAAUUAGAGGACGCCUCUUAAGGGAAAGUCCUCACAUAGAUAGAAAGUUUGUUAUUUGCUGUGCUGCUAUUGGUUUUGUUUGCUGUUUUGUUGCUGUGUGUGCAUGAAGGAGUGAAUGGUGUUUCUCUCUCUGGGAGUAAAACUCUCUGCCUUCGGAAUUAGAAUCCAAAGUGAAAAACCGCUUGGAGCUCAGCUCCAAGUAGAAGUCUGUUUUUCAGGAGGCACUGAGCGCUGACUUACAGCACUUUCUCUGAGAGAGCACGCGAUACUAGUAUUUUUAAGCUACAACUUUAAACAAUGGGAAACACAAAUUCCUGUAAUUCCUCACUUAUUGAGGGCCCCGAAGGGGAUGAAAAGUACAUGAUGUCCAGAUUUCCUGGCAGCAUUGUACAUAUAAAAAAAUGGAAAAAGAAAUAUAAAAUAGAUGGGAAGCUAAAAAUUGAUCAAUGGCAAGCAAUUGUGGGAAUUUUGGAGAGUAGUGUAGCAAGAAAAAA